GCGUAUGCAGGUGGCCGUGUUUACGUGGCUAUGGUAUUGUGCACAACUACAAAAAUUAUCGCUGUACUAUCGAUGUAUAUAUAUUUUGAACGUACCUGAAACAAAUCAUUGACUGAAAGUGUUCUUCCAGUAACUGGAGAACGCGCUGUUUUUACCAAAAGCCUUUGGUUCAUAUAACACCAGUUUUAAGUACAACAGGGUUUGAACAGGAGCUGAGGAAAGAUGAAAGAUUUUGUUGUCACUGUGUUGGGGUCAUUGGUCCUUGUUUGUGCUGUGGCUCAGUGGAUUGCCUCCCGCACAAAGUCACAACUAGUUGCUUCACUCAACCCAGAAUUUCAAAAGUUCCAAAGGAUUUUCUUUGCACCCUAUCUUUUGGCACUUUUCUCAGAUUGGCUUCAAGGUCCUUAUGUAUAUCGGCUCUACAGCCAAUAUGGAUAUGCUCCCAAAGAGAUAGCCUUGCUGUACAUUGUUGGAUUUGCUGCAAGCUCUACCGUUGGUACUUUUACUGGCCCAUUGGCCGAUAUGUUCGGUCGUAGACGUCUGUGUUUAGCCUUCUGUUUCAUUUACACAUUUUGUUGCCUCACCAAGAUGAGUCCAAAUUUUUGGUGGCUAUUUACGGGUCGGCUGUUUGGUGGGGUUGCCACUUCCAUUCUGUUUUCCACUUUUGAGGCGUGGUACGUCUGCGAACACACGGAGCGAAAUGUGUUUCCCGCCGACUGGAUAUCUUCGACAUUUUCGAUUUCUACGUUCUGGAACGGGAUAUUAGCCAUUCUGUCUGGUGUAGUUGCCGACUUUGGAGCUGAUUGGUUGAAUUUCGGUCCUGUAGCUCCGUUCAUGACGGCCAUUCCUUUCCUGGUUGCAAGCGCUAUUUUAAUUUCUCUGACUUGGCCUGAAAAUCAUGGCAGCCGCCAAUUCGGUCUUGGUCGUUCCUUCGUCGAGGGCCUGCGGACGAUAUUCAAUGACCCUGCCAUAUUUUUAUUAGGGCUAGUGCAAUCCAUGUUUGAAUCCAUUAUGUACAUUUUUGUUUUCCUAUGGACUCCAAUACUUGAUUCGACCCAAUCCGCCGAUGCCUGGCCUUUGGGGCUCGUAUUUUCCUGUUUCAUGGUUUGCAUUAUGAUUGGAUCUUCCAUGAAUACGCUUCUUCUGAAUCGCAAUAUCCGUCCUUCUACGAUCCUCUUACUCAGCGUCGCCUGCUCUGCCAUCUCCAUGAUAACGUGCGCUUGGUCUACAAAUAUGCAACAUCGUUUGCCCGUUAUCAGUUUUCUGGCAUUCCUUUUAUUGGAAAUUUCAGUUGGUAUGUACUUCCCAGCUAUUGGCUAUUUGCGCAGUCAAGUGAUUCCAGAAUCCCAAAGGGCUAGCAUCAACAACGUUUUUAGAGUCCCACUCAAUGUUAUCACCUGUACAGUGCUGUACUGUCUGCACAAAAAUGACGAUUCCGGAGGAAACCACGCAUCGGGAGGUGAUCAGAACGCAUUUCUUUUUAAUGUCGUUCUUAGUUUAGUGGGUUUUGCGGCAGCCAUGGCAUUUAGUAAAAGAUACGAAGAGAAGAGCAAGACCUCGGAUGACGAGAAGAAUGAGCCCCUGAUAUAAUUUAAGUUUAAAAAACAA